UGGAGGACUUUGAUUCAUCCGUAGGUAACCGUUUAAUGACGACUUAGAUAAGUAGGUUAGUUGUUUAACAAUUAUUAAGUAUAGAACAAUCCAACCAAAAAUGUUCAAUUUGAACCAAAAAGUUGCUAUAGUAACAGGCGGCGCGCAAGGCAUUGGUUUAGCAAUCGUCAAAGAACUUUUGCGAAAUGGCGCUAAGGGAGUUUCUAUUAUCGACAUAAAUGCAACAGCAGCUAAGAGGGCUGUGAGUGAAAUUCAAGACGAGUUUGGAUUAGGAAAAGUAUUGUUUAUAACGGCCGAUGUGAGCAUUGAAAGUCAAUUCGAAGAUGCCUUCGAGCAAACAAUAUCCACGUUUGAAAAUCUAGAUAUUGUCGUUAAUAAUGCCGGUAUCUCUUGCAACAAGGAUUGGACGAAAGGAAUCUCUGUCAACCUUACGGGAACAGUAAAUGGAACAAUGUUAGGUUUUGAACGAUACUUACCAGAAAACAAAAGCGACAAUGAAGCUAUCAUUUUAAAUGUUGCCUCAAUUUCAGCGCUUUCUUUUAUUCCUGCUGGACCAGUCUACUCAGCGACGAAAGGUGGCGUUGUUGCAUUAACGCGUGCCAUGGGACAGGACGUCCAUUACGUUCGAAAGAGGGUUAAAGUUAUGGCAGUUUGCCCCGGAUUUACUGAUACCGCUUUGGGAAAUGUUAAUAAGGAAGCGUUGUAUAGUGACGAUUACAUGGCCAUCUACGAGUAUUAUUUUAGGAAUAAUGUCACGAUCUUCCAAACAACAGACGAAGUUGCAAGAGCAGCAAUAAAAAUACUAAAAGAAGGUGAAAAUGGAUCGGUAUGGGUCGCAGCCAAUAAGGAACCCCCUUUCGAAAUCGAGCGCUUAACACUUGAGCAAUUGAAGAAGGUGAAGUAAUACCGAUUUGGGCGAACAUACUCGUAUACACAUACUUCUUAGUCAACAUCCAUAUAGAAAAUAAUGUUGAAUAGAGAUUAAUCAUUAUACACUUAAAUUUAGUAUAAAGGCACUGCACGCAAACCUUAAUCAUUCAUACUUAUUCUCCUAAAUAAAUGAUAUAAUAAUGCAA